CUCUAGCUUUAGUUAGUUAUAGAUUUCUCCUCUUUACAUAAAAGCUACCCCUUGGCCUUAACAUUUUCGGGUGAAAAACACGUGUUACCGGAUCAAGGAACACACGCUGAAUUCGUGUCAACAUCUAGGACCGACAGUAGUAUUUGAGACUGAACCAUUCCAUUUCUCAAUUCUCACACUCUCAGGAACUUUGAAUUUAUAUCCAAAUGUUGAAUCAUAGUAUUAGUAAUGAGGAGGCUCUGAGGAAGCAGAGAAUUAUAGUGAGUCUUCAGAAUGAAAUUGAUGACAAGAAUCACAAGUUAAUGGAGAUGGAGCAUAAGCAUAGUGAGACACUUGCUUGGGUACGUAAACACAUUGUAGGGCUUGUAGAGAAUAUUAAUAACAAAGAAAGGAGUCUGCUUGAAAUGGAAUGCAAGUACAAUGAGUCUUUGAAUAUGGUGCACAAGUUGAUGAAUGAGAGAGAUGAGUUGCAUGAUGGAUGCCAGAAAGAAUUACACAAGAUGAGUGUCAUGAACUCUAAGAUGAAUGGUGACAUGGAACGUUUGAAGAUAGAAAAUUGGCACCUUAGCAAGCAAUUGGAGGACAGUAAAGCCCUAAAUGAUCGACAGGAGAAGAAUUUCAUAGAGGAGAUUCAGAAAUUGAAAAGUGUAAUACAAGAUCAGUGUCAAGCAGAAAGUGGUGGCAAUUUGAGCGCUCAAAUUACUAAUUUUAGAAAUCAAUUAAAGGACAAAAUGGAACAGUUGGAGCUCGUGGAAAACCUAAAUAGUUCCCUUGUAGUUAAAGAGCACCAAUAUAAACAAGAAAUACUUGAUGCUCGUAAAGAAUCUCUAGAUAGUUUAAAAGACAUGUUCAGAGGUCGAUCUCAACUUGGAAUCAAGCGAAUGGGAGAGUUAGAUCCCAAACCUUUUCAAACUUUUUGCUUGCAGAAGUACUCAUGUGAACAGUGGCAGGAUAUAUCUGCUAAGUUAUGUUCAUCAUGGGAAGAGAAUCUGAAGGAUUCAGCUUGGCAUCCUUUCAAAACAAUUGAGGUCAAUGGCAUUCCACAGGUAGUAUUAGAUGAAAAUGACGAAAAACUGAAAGGAUUGAAGAAUGAGUGUGGUGAAGUGGUAUACAAGGCUGUGGAAAAUGCACUGAUGGAAAUGGAAGAAUACAAUUCAAGUGGAAGAUAUGCAAUCCCUGAAAUUUGGAACUGGAAGGAGGGAAGAAAAGCCACUUUGAAAGAAAUUAUCCAAUUUAUUAUCAGGCAAUUGAAGAUUCACAAGCGGAAAAGGAAGUAUUAGAACCUCUUCUCUCAGGCCUUCUAAAAAGAGUGGCAGCAGCAGAACACGGGUGAAAGAAAAGAUGUCUCAAAUGUAUAGAAGAUCAGAAGAAAGACUUUUUGUUAGAAAUGAGAACCUUUUUUCUGAUAAAAUCCAUCUGUAUAGUUUGCUGCUUUCGAAAUCAAACUUGCUGCUACAUUUACUUGUCUAUAAAUAUGUAAUUACUAACAGAUAGGUUUCAAAACUCAACACUCUCCCCAUGGGCAUGGAGUGAUUUGGUUGUAGUUGAUAACAAACAUUUUCAAAUAUUAACCCAUGUUUAGCAU